AUGCAACAACCACAAUCACUCUUGGGUGAACUGGUCGUCGUUGCUCUGAAAGCAGAAAACUUACAACACCAGGCGACUAGUAAACAAGAUCCAUUCUGUAUAUUCAGAGUGAAUGAAGUAGUGAAAAGGACAAAGACAGACUAUGGAGGAGGCUCAUACCCUAUUUGGGAUGAUCAGGUUAAUAUUCCUAUAAGACAAGGUCAACAUCGACUACAUGUUCAGAUAUUCGAUAAGGAAGCAAAUGCAAGGAAUUUGAUGGGAGAAGGAGUUGUUGAUCUGACAAAAGUAUUGAGAGAAAGGGAACAUGAUGGAUAUUUUCCAGUAAAAUAUCAAGGCAAACAUGGAGGAGAAAUAUACUUGGAACUGACAUUUUAUCCCAUUCAACAAUCUAUGGCAAGACCACAGCAACCUGUGAGAUAUCAAUAUCCUCCAGGAUCUAAUGGAUAUCGCCCACGUCCACUUCCACCAUUGCCUCAGCAACAGCAACAGUCUCAUGGACAUUAUGCACCAUCUCAUCAACGUCCUCCGCCUCAUCAACGGCCACCACCUCCACAUCCAGUAACACAUGCUCCUUAUUCUGCGCCUCCACAUCCAUCCACACCUAUGCCACCCCGCCCACCACCACCACAUAUGUCUCAUUACCAUUCAACGCCCCUCCCUCCCCAUUCGGCGCCUCCACAGCAUUCAGUACCACCAUAUCCUCCACACUCAAUGCCAUUACCUAGUCAGCAUCCACCUUACCCUCAGCCAAGACCUUCAACCUCAUCACAAAUCAUGUCACCUUCACAACCGUUGCUGUCAUCUCCUUAUCACCCAGCAGCAUCGCCAGCUCCUAGACCGAUACAAGGUUCACCUUAUCCACCUAGGCCGCCUGGGCCUUAUCAACCAAGUCCAAUGCCUCAAGCGAGACCUUAUCCUCCAGGGCAAUCCAUGAGACCGAUGCCACCUAGUAAUAGACCCAACAUGUACCCACCUUACUAA